CAGUGCUGUUCCGCCCAAGACCUCGUUUAAACAAGAUCGACCACUCACCCCUCUUCCACUCGCUUACAGUGGUAAUUUACCCACGUUCAACCCCUAACACAUGAUGUCUACCGCCGAAGCUACGGCAUAUGAGGAAGGUUCUGUAGAAGGUUCCCUAGCGGAUCAAGAGCAGACUUCUCCGGAAUCUCACUCAAAUGCGAUACGCCCGAUGUCCUAUCCGAGCCCGCAUUGGGAACAAUCCAAAUAUCAGUACCAUGUGCCAAUGAAUCCGCUGGCACACACCACCUCGCGCAGAAGCUCUGGCACGCGUGGUGCCACUUCCUGCAUACACUCAUCAGGUCGUGCGCGCCUAAAUACAGUUACUGGAAACUCGCAAAACCCUGAGGAAAUCCCAACGCCAUCGUCUGCCCGUCGGUCCGUCGCCACGACUCGAGUUGGGACCGAUCACAAGGCUUCAUGGAAAGCACACUCCGUGUCUAGUGCCUGCUUCGAACAACCGCACCAACCUACGGACGUUGAAGCUGAUCCUGAGGCCAAUGGACUGCAUGAAGUUCACUGCCCCGCGCCUAUCCCUCCGCAUAUCUCAACCUUGCACUCAAUGCCAGGUCUACAUGCCAACCUGUAUGAGCACGUGCAAACUCCCUACGUGAAGAUGAUACUUGCAAUAGACUACAUUCCGAACUGGUACACGGUGAUAGCGGGACUCUCUACCUGGAUGUUGUUGGCUGGAUUUGUUCUGUUUCCGGGGACGUUCGCAUCGUGGGCGACUCGACCGACCGAUACUGCUGAAUAUGAGAUUGCGACGUUCAUCAGGAACAUGCCGCUACUUGUGAUUGCAUCGGUGUGUACAGGACUUGGGAGCGCAGCGAUGGUCUGGUUAUGGUGGCGGUGGAGACGAAACUACAUUUGGGUUGUUAGCCGGGUCUUCGUGCCCGGUCUUCUAAAUUCCGUCGCGGGGGUAAUUUCUACCGUAACGAACGCCUAUGAGACGCAAGGCAACUUGUCCAGCUCAAAUGUGCGGGCAACGAUUGUCGUCACAGGUACUGUUGCCGUGAUCUGCGGGGUUCUGGUGGUGAUAUACCAGUGGGUGUUCAUACGGCGUCUGAGAAAGGAGCAUGAGAGAAUAGAGGGGGAGAGGGAUGCUGGAAAGCGAAACGCGGGGGUGAUUGUGGAACAGAAGAGCGAGGAGGUACCGGUGCAGACGAGGGCUGAAACAUUCAGACCCUGGCGAUACGUGUAGCUGGUUUCAGUCGUUAUCCGAGUUGUUCCUUUAGUCACACGUGUAUUGAUGUAGCACUUUACUCUCGCAUUUGAGUCCGUCAUGCUUGUGAUCCAGCCGUCGUCGAGUUGAAGUAGACACCACCCGCGCCGGAUAGAAGUGACGACGUCAUCAAAUGAGCAGGGA